AUGAUGCUCCAUCAGCUCACUAUCUUUUUUGUUAUCAUCUAUGUUUUUGAGUCCUUCACAAUAAUGGCGCAAAGCAGCUUUACUGUUGCAGUUCUGGGUAGAGAGUGGGUACAAGUCAAAAGAUUAGCGCCUGUGGAAAUGAUUCUCACCAGCCUAAGCAUCUGUCGUUUCUUUCUGCAGUGGACAUCCAUGCUGUACAAUUUUUGCAUGUAUUUUAACCAUCAUUAUGUGCUACGGCAGUUGGGAAACAUCUGGGAAUUCACUAAUGUUCUUUCACUCUGGCUUACCAGCUUGCUUGCUGUCUUCUACUGUGUCAAGAUCUCAUCCAUCACCCAUCCCAUCUUCUUUUGGCUGAGGUGGAGAAUUUUGAGGUUCGUUCCCUGGUUAUUACUGGGUGUGCUGGUGAUUUCUUGUGUGGCAAUUAUACCUUCGGUUAUCAGGAAUCACAUCCAGAUACAAUUAGUCCCUCUGGAGCAUUUACCCAUAAACAACACUUUGAUUGCGAGACUUAAAAUAUUUGAGCACUAUUUUUCCAAGGCUAACAAAAUCAUCAUGAUGACCGUCCCAUUUCUCCUGUUCAUGGUCUGCACCACCUUCCUUACAGUGUCUCUCAUCCAGCACUGGGAGCAAAUGCAGCAGCACAACACUGGCCAGUCCAGCUCUAGCCUGCGAGCCCACUCCAGAACCCUGAAGUCUCUUGCUACCUACUUCAUCUGCUUCACUGUUUACUUCCUGACUAUAGUGCUGUCCUUUGUACAUAUCAAACCUCUAAGAGAACCAUGGUCCUGGGUCUACGAAGUCCUCAUCUACGGGGUGGUCUCUAUUCAUUCCACUUCCCUGAUGCUGAGCAGCCCCACAUUGAAAAAGGCUAUAAAGAUGAAGUGUGGGGGCCAAGAGUCUGCCUGA